UGGUAGGCCACAAAGAUACUCCGAAUAUUCCUCGUCUUCUCCCUCUGAACUCUAUUGAUCUCUCAGGUGGCAUUUCGUUCCUUCCUUUUCUGAAGAAUCAGAGCUUUAUUUUGAUCUUUGUAAUUCCCCCCCCAAAGAUUUGGUUUCGAUCCAUAGAGCAAACAUGGCUACAGCUAUAGAUGUGUACAAUAGCGUGCAGUUCUUCUCAUCAGAUCCUGUAAACGAAGCUCUGAAUCAUGGAGGUUCUGCUUCGUCCUUCUCGGAUUCGUCUUCCCUCGUGCCCUUCUCUUUCUCCUCGUCCUCUGUUCUGCAUCAAAAUCCCAUCUUUGAUUGCUUUCCUGCUUCGUCUCUGAGAUCUGGCACGGUUCCGGUUAGCUUUUUGAGCCCUAGAAGCUCUCCGGCCCAUGGCAAAGCGAGUGCCGCCGCGCGCCUCCUCGGCCCCCGGUCGCAGCCCAUAAAGCGAGCAGCCUCGCCGCCAAAGCCCGCGGCAGCCAAGCUCUACCGAGGUGUCCGGCAGCGACACUGGGGGAAGUGGGUGGCGGAGAUCCGCCUCCCCCGGAACCGCACCCGCCUCUGGCUCGGCACCUUCGACACCGCGGAGGAGGCCGCCACGGCCUACGACCGCGCCGCCUUCAAGCUCCGUGGGGACGCCGCGCGGCUCAACUUCCCGGAGUUCAAGCGAAACGGAGCGCACUUCGUCUCGUCGCUCCACUCCUCGGUCGACGCCAAGCUCCGAGCCGUCUGCGAGAGCUUGGCCGGCGUAGAACAACAGGGCAAAACUAGCCCAAGCCACCCCCUGGCAGCAGCUGCCGCAGCCGUCGAACUCAGCUCGUCCUCGGAGGAAAACAAAUCCAAGAGCUCGCCGUCGCCGGACGGAGACGACAGCUCCUCGAGCACGUCGGCCGCCGCCUCGGAGAUGCAGCUCUUGGACUUCACGGAGGCGCCAUGGGACGAAUCAGAGAGCUUCAAGCUGCGAAAGUAUCCAUCUUGGGAGAUCGACUGGGAUUCCAUCCUCUCUUCCAAUUAGUUCUCUUCCUUCUUCGAUUUCUGGUCCGCAAGUACUUCUUGCGGCUUAAUGCAAAUGGAAUUUUAGUCAUUUGCAUGACCCUUGUUUGAUCUUCGUCUCUACACACUAAGCUUUCAUGGCCUGAUCAGGAUCACAAAUGCAAAAAAAUUCUCCUGAAACAGCUUUGGGCCAGACAUUGUGAUCUCUGCAAUAAGAUUGCUGCAUUUAAUGUAGAGGUUGUGAACCAUCUUUCUAGUUUA